AUGUGGUUUCUCGGGCUGCUGCUGGCUUUGGCUGUGGGGUUUGGAUCUGGGGCGGCGGAGUCUGAUCCCUUCGAUUUCAACGUCCCCAGAGGUCCUAGCCAGAAACACCCACGCGGAGCCGCAGAAACCACCUUCCCGGGCAUCUACCCCCCUUUCAACCCAUCCACUUGUGUAGCCACAUCCACCUCGAUCACUUACUCGACCGUUUUGGUCACACAAACCGUCACUCCCUUCCCCAAAACCGAGACUUCGUCCUAUCCUCUCAUCAGCGCUACGCUCGUCACUCCACCAACCAUCUACACGACGUCGCCGACAGACUGGAGCGUCUAUCCCAUCAGCACUAACACGCGUUGUUUCUCUCUCGUCGAUGGAGCUUCGUCUUGCUUCACGUGGACAGAUGUUUCCUCGAUCUACACCGGAACUUCGACCACCCUCCUUUCUGCGAGCACUACCGGAGAAUCGACCAUCACUCGCUCAGUCCAGUCAGCUCCUUCGACCACGUCGGGUAUUGUCGGCACGACAAGUAUCUACACCAUUCCGGAGGGCUCGUCUUCGGUUCCGUAUUCCUCUUACACUUACACUCCCUCGCAACCUCCUCAAAGCAGCAGCGAGUCCAACUACGGACCUCCUCCGUCUUCUCCAACGUCACCCACAACAUACACCAUCUUACCGCCCUCGCCAACUUCUCCGUACACGAUACUGACGACAUUAACUCCGUCCACACCCGCGCUAUCUUCCGUUUUCCCGACCACGUCGGAGCUUUCCUACAUCUCAGUCACUACGGUUUACUACACCAUCUCUGGCGUUGCCCACUCCGCCACCGUUUCGAACACAGAGUACACUACACUCACCUACCCAUACCCUUCUGAAUCCUGGCCAACAACCGUCACCAUCACACCACUUCCAAGCCUCACCUAUGCACCUUCGUCAUGGGAGUCGACGUACAACCCUGAGUCUACAUCGGUGUACACGAUUUCGAACUCGGAAGUGACGUACACGGGGACGGUGACAUAUCCCAAUUCCGAGUCUUCUUAUUACCCCUCAGAGACUACUGAAACUUGGUACACUCCCACCCCCUCGACGUAUACGUACACCCCCUCCUACUCUUACACUCCAUCGACAUACACGUACACUCCCUCCUACUCUUACACUCCAUCGACGUACACGUAUACUCCAAGCUUUACCUACAUCCCGACCUACACAUACACCCCGUCAACCUACACGUACACCCCAACCUACACAUACACCCCGUCAACUUACACCCCGUCAACCUACACGUACACCCCAACCUACACGUACACCCCGUCGACCUACACGUACACCCCAACCUACACAUACACCCCGUCGACCUACACGGAAACUCCAACCUACACAUACACCCAGUCAACCUACACGGAAACUCCAAUCUACACGUACACCCCGACCUACACAUAUACUCCGUCGACCUACACCUACACUCCAACCUACACAUACACCCCGUCAACAUACACGUACACCCCAAGCGAAUCCCUUGGCCCCACUUACACUUACACACCGACCUACACUGAAUCGACAUACACCUACACCCCUACCUACACCUACCCUGAGACAACAUAUGUUCCGACAUACGCGACCUACCUCUCGUCAAUCUACCUUACGUAUACUCCUUCAACAUACAUCGGAACGACCUCGUACAUUCCCACCUACACGGCGACUGAAAUCUCCGGCACGUCAACGUACGAGACGACCUACCCCGGCAUUCCGACUGCGUCUACAUACACCUCCGUCAUCUCCAUUGUAACGUUAGAGACAAGCACUCUCCAGACUCCAACCCCAAUAACUCUCAGCACGGCCACAAUAUCCUGGACGGACACGACCUUCACAAGCAUCGUUUCAGUGCCGGCUGAAACCACAACGUCGCCGGCAGAAUCGGUAUCGCCUAUUUUGACAGGAUAUACCCCGUCAACAGUGUACAGUGAAUCAACAACCUACACCACAGGCCAACCCGUCGUAACGUACUACACGACCUACACGAUAUACCCAACCACCUUCACCGAAACCUACCACACCGUCUCCGCGGCCACCAUUUCCCUUCACCAUACCACGUACACGACAUAUUACACCGUCCCAGCCACAGACACUUACACAAUAUCGACGCCUUCCAUCCCGUCAUACGGCCCGACGGAAACUCCACUGCCCACAUCCACCACCGUCCACCCAACAACGACUCUGACUCCAUACACGACUAUUACUCUCACACCGCCCCACUCAGUUCCUUCAACGACCCUCGGGGGCGUCGUCCCAUCGGGAUACACUUGGAGCUACUCCACCUUCACCAACACCAUUUCAUCCUCCAUUUCCACCACCUACACUGAAUCCUUCCUCGUCCCCUCUGUCGUAACUACCACGGUGUACUACACGCCACCCGGGUACACAGGUCCAGCUUCCGAAUCCACAUCUACCUACACGCCAUCCUACACGCCAUCCUACACGCCAUCCACCACAUACACCAACUGGUUCUCCACGUACACGCCUUCCUACUCCACAUACACGCCGUCCUCCACGUACACCCCGUCGUAUUCUACAUAUACGCCUUCCUACUCCACGUACACGCCUUCCUACUCCACAUACACCCCAUCCCACUCCACAUACACGCCAACAAUCCCCUUCCCCUCAUGGACCCCCUCAUGGACCUCCCCAUGGACCUCCCCCUACCCCAUCGCGACGACAACCCUCUACGCCACCACCGAAACCGCCACCGCGACGACGACCCCGUCCACCCUCCUCACCCUCGUCACCACCACCACCCUCGUCACCACCACCGAGUGCUCCACCUGGACCGACGCCACCGGUGGCGUCGUCGUCGUCUCCGGCACGCCCGUGUAUACGAUCGAGACGGCGGUGGCGGUGCCGGUGGCGGAGGUUACUGGGGUUGGUGGUGGGUAUGGGGCGAGACAGAGGAGGGGGGUCAGGGGGGGAAUGGGGAUGGGGAUGGGGAGGGGGAGGGGGGGAGAGGAAGGCGGUGAGGAGGAGGUUGGGGAGCGUCAUGGGAAUGGGAAGAGGGGGGUGGCGUGUAAGGUGUGA